AUGACAGGCCUCACGACCAUCGUAGCUGGCCUCCUGCUCCUGGCCCUGUGUACCUACUACAUUGCCCCUGCAAAUAAGAUUUCUAGCCCUAGCCUAGGUCUCUUGGGCUCUGUGGUCAUCUCCUCUUCUUGCUGCAAGACCUUCAUUUCCAAGAAAACUGAGAACAGAAUGGUAAGCCACUAGCUGUCCAAUAGGAGUAUCUGCCUGUCAAUUUCUCACAGCCUUGCCACCAAGCAGGGCCAGAAAUUCUGUGGUGACCCUGAGAAGCACUGGGUCCAGAGGUACAUGAAAAACUUGAAUGCUAGGGGGAAGAGACACCUUGCCAACAGCUCCAUGUAG